AUGACGACCUACACCGUUGCUAAGGAUGCCAGUCUUGGAGGAACAUAUGAAGGAGCAGAGCCCAUGGGUCUACUGUGGAGCAUGCAGCCUGUUCCAGGCAGUCGGACAGGCCUCAGGUUGAGAAAGAUGGAUGUCCUCACUCCUAUGGUGGUACACAUCUCUGUGUACAGUGGGCACAUGACUGAGGGCUUCAGCAAGCAGUCUCCUCUAGCGACCGUUGUCACAGAACGAUGGUACAUGGCACCGGGUGUGUGCAGAAUUGACAUCAGGGAACAUGGAGUCCGAGGGACCCUCUUUUUACCUCCAGGUCCUGGACCCUUCCCUGGGGUGUUGGAUAUGUGGGGAGGGGGUGGGGGGCUGGUGGAGUACCGCUCUGGCCUCCUGGCGUCACACGGUUUUGUUUCCAUGGCGCUAGAGUACCUUUCCCAUGACAAGAACAGAACCUCAGACAUCGAAUCAAAAACCUACUUUAAGAAAGCGUUCAGGAUUGUGCAGGAGCACCCCCUGGUGAUGAAGGACAGAGUUGCUCUGUUUGGUCUCUCCUUAGGCGCGUCAGUCGCCCUCAACUUGGCAGCCUACUCCAAAGACAUCAGCCCCAGAUGCUGUGUGUGUAUCAGUGGGAGUCACAUCCACCGGGUCAACCAGGCUUUCAGCAAAUUGUUUAGAAAGAUGAACAAGGAUAGGUAUAAGAUCCGAUUUGAUGAAGAGGGCCGUCUGGUCGCGAGAGACAUCAUUCUGCCUAUCCCAACCGACCUUGGAGAGAAAGUGGAUAUGGGGAGGAUAAAGUGUCCAUUGAUGUUGGUCGUCGGGGAGGAUGAUCAGAACUUGGCGACAGUGGAGUCUGCCAAGGACAUGACCCAGAUGAUGCGUGCAGCGGGUAACGAGCACCUGCUGACCAUUCUACAAUACCCUGAUGCUGGACACCUCAUUGAGCCGCCCUACACACCCCACUUCAGAGCCAGCAACUUCAUGGUGCAGCAAACACGACAGAAAGUGAUGGUGUUGUGGGGAGGGUACACCAAGCCGCAUGCCGAUGCUCAGGAAGACUGUUGGGAGAAGAUCCUUAGCUUCCUACGGCAACACCUCUACCCCAGUCCCGACUCUGUCCCUGAGGCCAAGCUGUGA